AGAUGAUUUAUAUUAUGUCCUGAUACAUAAAAACAUAAAAUUCAAAGAGGGUGUACUUACUUUUUCCCAUGACUGUAUAUUAUGCAUUUAAUUGUCUGCAUGCAAAAUAUAUUACAGAUUGUUUGGACAAGGUCGUCCAGAAAUGGAGAAUAUCCUGCGAGACCUCGGAUUUAAAUUCAGACAAUGAUUCCCCACGAAAACGAAAACCUAAAAAGCCAUUUGAAUUUAUUGAAAAGUCUCAAGCAAAAUGGCAUCCCAGCCCUCAAAAACUGAAUCUCAAAAUGAAAAAGAAAACAGUGCAUUCCCUACCACCACCACCAAUACCACCACCACCACCUGCUGACCAUCGAAAUCCUGGAACAAACAGAAGUAUGAUGUCACAGGAUGAGUGCUUCCAGACAAAUGUUCAGGGAUACUCGGAUGAAACCUCCUUCCCAGAAUCUAGACAAGUGAUGGCAAAGGCCCAGUCCUAUCAGGGAAGAAUUCAGGAUGCUUGGUUCACUGAACCAACACAGCAGAUGAUGUCACAAAUCCAAUUGCUCAGUCAAGAUGGACAGUCCACCAUCACAGAACAAAUGACAGAAGACAAUCAAAGUGUUGGUUUGGAAAGCCACUGUGACAUUCUGUCAGCAGGACCAGCUAACGCACCUAGAGUCCGUCUGCCUACAGGCCGACUAGUGCCGGGUCAAUGCACACCAGAGAGGGCCAUCUUAGAGAUGCUGGGGGAACUGCAGCUCCAGGUCCAGCAUCUCACUUCUGUUAUUACCCAAAGAGGCCCCUUUUUGGGUAACAGCAGCCUGAAGAUGCCACCUGCACCAGCAGAUAAAGAGGAAGAAGAUGGACCACUGGAAAGCAUUCAGGCCUUGAAUGACUUUGAAGUCCAUCUUCAAAACAAGAUCUUCAAGCAAAAAUUGGUGUCAAAACUGUCACUGGUUGGGGGGCAAACACUUAAAAAAACAGUGUGGCGGAUUUGUGGCAAAGUGUUUGCUCCUCAACUAGCUGUGCAGUUGAACUGGUGUGGCAGAGGAGAGAAAACGGCCAUCAAAAACACACACCUGAAAGACACAAUUGUCUGACACAGGAGCAGUCGUUUUAUGAGUUUUUGCAACCAUCUUUAAGAAUGGAAAAGAAAGUUCAAGGAAGAUAUAUUUUGUACAUUUACUGGUAAACUGUUUGUAAUCUUGUUUUAAUGUAUUGUCACAAAAAAUAAUGUUAUUUAAACAUUUGU